AUGACAAGCACUCCUUCAAAUGGCAAUCACAGCAGCAGCAGCAGCAGCAAUGUGUUUGUUGAGGGCACUGCAGUAUGGGUACCGGAUGCUCAGUUGGAAUGGGUCGCAGCAGAUGUGAUGUCAGUGUCGGAGAAUGAACUGAGCGUCAUGGUACGAAUAAGGGAUGAUGAUAGAGAGUUGUCAUUCCAUCGCGAUAAAGUAUUCUUGCAGAAUCCCGAGAUACUUGAGGGCAUCGAUGAUUUGGCUGGCCUGUCUCAUCUGCACGAAGCGGCCAUCCUGCACAACCUGCAUCAUCGAUACAACAUCAAUACGAUCUACACAUACAUUGGUAAGAUCCUCAUUGCCAUCAACCCAUAUACAUCACUGCCGCUGUACGGACGCGAGAUGAUCUCUGCCUACUAUGGCAAACAGCUGGGCGCGCUCGAGCCGCACGUCUACGCCGUGGCCGAGGACGCCUUCAAGGACAUGCGUUACGACGGCUCUAGUCAAUCGAUUCUGGUCAGUGGCGAAUCUGGUGCCGGCAAGACCGAGACCACCAAGUUCCUGCUUCAAUACUUUGCUGCCAUGGGCAACAUGAUCAAGACCAGUGGCAGUGCCUCCAACCUUGCCGACACUCUUCGCAAGUCCACCACAGACAAAUCAAUCGAGGAGCGUGUUCUCGAGAGCACUCCCCUGCUCGAAGCAUUUGGAAAUGCCAAGACACUUCGCAAUGAUAACUCUUCUCGAUUCGGCAAGUUCAUAGAGAUACACUUUAACGACUCUGGCUCCAUCAUUGGUGCCAAGAUCCUCACCUACCUCUUGGAGAAGUCUAGACUGGUCAGACAGGUCUUCAAUGAGAGGAACUACCACAUCUUCUAUCAGUUACUUGUUGGAGCCUCAGACGAGAUGAGAGAAAGACUAUUCCUUGGUAGUCCACAGGACUAUCACUAUCUUAACCAAAGCCAAUGCUUUGAGAUUGAAGGCGUUGACGACGAUGCAACAUUUUUGAAGACCUGCCAUGCAAUGUCAGUGGCGGGCAUAUCGAUGCAGGAGCAAGAGAACGUAUUCAAGAUCAUCAGUAUAGUUUUACAUCUUGGAAACAUCGAGUUUGUCGAUCAGGGCGAUGACAGCAGCAGCAUUGGACAGGAUGAGCCGCUUGAGAAGGCAGCCACACUCAUUGGCUGUCCAAAGGAGGAGCUGGCCAAGACAUUCCUGACGCGCAAGGUCGUCACGGGCAAGGAGUCAUUCGUCGCCACCAACACAAAGGAGCGUGCAGAGAAUGCCCGAGACUCGUUGGCCAUGCUGUUAUAUGGCCUGAUGUUUGAGUGGCUCGUGGUCAAGAUCAACUCGUCCAUGUCGGUGCAGCAGAAGUCCAAAUCCUUCAUUGGCAUUCUGGACAUCUACGGCUUUGAGUCGUUCGAAGUCAAUGGCUUUGAGCAGUUCUGCAUCAACUAUGCCAACGAGAAGCUGCAACAGGUGUUCAAUCAGCAUGUGUUCAAGGAGGAGCAGCAAGAGUACAUCAAGGAGAAGAUCGACUGGUCUUACAUCGACUUUAAUGACAAUCAGGACACGCUGGACCUCAUCGAGAAGCGUCCAAUGUGUAUCCUCUCACUGCUGGACGAGGAGUCCAUGUUCCCCAAGGCCACACCACAGACCUUUGCCACAAAGCUCUACUCCAAGCUGGCGUCACAUGUCAAGUUUGAGAAGCCUCGUUUCUCCCAUACAGCCUUCACUGUGCAGCAUUACGCCGGUAAGGUCACCUACGAGACUGACCAGUUCCUGGACAAGAACAAGGACUUUAUCAUUCCAGAGCAGAUCGCCGUACUCCAAAAGGCCUCGUUCGCCUUCAUCAAGACAGUGCUGGGAGGCAGUGAGCGAUUGGGCGCCGGCGGCCCACAACCAUCCAACAAGCAAGCGUCAGCAUCAGCAUCAUCCUCAAUGAAAUUCUCCUCCGUUGGCUCACAGUUCUCUGCGUCACUGGCAACAUUGAUGAAGACGAUCGGCACGACCACUCCACAUUACAUCAGGUGCAUCAAGCCCAACCCCGACAAGCAGCCACAGAACUUCAACAAGCACGACGUCAUCCACCAGCUGCGUUGCGGUGGUGUCAUGGAGUCGGUAAGGAUCUGUUGUGCUGGCUUCCCCACACGUCGUCCUCUUGGCGAGUUCUACGCGCGCUACAAGCUGCUCUACACCAAGUCACAGACGAAGCGCGGUGCCGCCAAGGAUCCACGCACUCAGGUACAGACCAUGCUCGAGGGUAUCCAACUCUCGGAUGACAAGUACAAGCUGGGUAUCUCCAAGGUAUUCCUGCGUGCUGGUCAACUGGCUGCACUGGAGAACCAACGCAUGGGCAAGCUCAAUCACAGUGCCACAGUCAUCCAAUCAUUCUGGCGCGGUUAUCAUUGCCGCAAGCAGUACAGACUUCAAAGGUCCGCCGCCCUGGUCAUUCAAACGCGCAUCCGAGCACAGAUGGCCAAGAACAAGAUGCAGUUCAUGAGGAGGAUCAACGCAGCCACACUCAUACAGAAGGUGUUCCGCGGCUACAGGUGUCGCAACGCCUACAAGAAGAGGUUGAACAGUGCCAAGCUACUUCAAUGUGCCAUCAGGAAGUCAGUGGCCAAGUCUGUUAUGCAGGUGGAGAUGUUUGAGCACGCAGCUAUUCAGUUGCAGACUGUGAUCAGAGCCGCCACGGCCAAGAAGAAGCUGAAGAGCAACAUCCGUGGCAUCAUUCUCAUACAGGCAAAGUGGAGAGGAAAGAUGGCACGCAAGCUUUACAGCGAGAUGAGAGCAGAGGCGCGCUCACUGCGCUCCGUGCAAGAUGCCAAAAACAAGCUGCAGGAGAAGCUGGAGGAGAUACAAUGGCGACUCACCGCAGAGCAGCGUGGCAAGCAACAUCUGGAGGAGACCAAGCAACGACUGGAGGUCAAGCUCGAUGAGGCCACUGACGCCAAGGACCGUCUGGAGAUGCAGGUGUCAGACCUGCAGCAUCGAGCAACAAAGUUCGAAGCGGGUAACAAGGCUUUGGAGGCCGAGGUUGCCACGCUUGGCACGAACUUACAAGAGAAGACACAGCAACUGGAGCAAAUGACAUCGGACAAGAAGCGUCUAGACGUUGAGCGUUCAGAGUUGCUCACUCGCACACAAAACAAUCAGGUCCAGAUCGAACAGAUGAGCAGCGAGCUCAAACAGGAACAUGAGGACAAUGCUCGACUAUCAGAGGAGUUGCGCGUUCACAAGGCAGAGACAAGUGAUCGCAUCAAGUCACUCGAGUCACAGCUGGCGGCCAAGUCGCACGAGCUUGAGGUGUAUGCCCAGGAGCUCACCAGCACCAAGAAGAAGCUGGACCGCGUUGAGGAGAACAAUCUCACUCUCAACAGUCUCAAGGACACGCUGCAGAGCUCGUUCAAUCAGUUGGUUGAGGAGAAUGGCGACAUCAAGGAGCAAGUCGCCAAGUCGAAUGAGACCAAUGUGCGUCUGGAGACUGCCAGCAAGAUGCUCGAGACAGAGCUCGCCCGCCUGAAGGAACUUUCCGACCGCCUCGAGCGUCAGCUCGACGAGACGACCAAGAAGUACCAACAGGAGCAGAUGCAAUGGAAGAUGACCGAAGAGUCCACAAAGCUUCAGAUUAUCUCAUUGAACAGCAAUGCUGAGGACCUCAAGUCCAAGCUACAGCAGAAGGACACACAGAUGGGAGAGAUGUCGGAGAAGUUCAAGAAGAUCAAGAACAAGCUGGAGUCGGUGCAGGAGGACAAAAAAGCUACCACUGGCGACUAUGACAAGGUCAAGGCUAUCAAGCAGGCGCUCGAGGAGGAGAAGAACCAGCUCAACCAACAAAUCACAAUAAUCAAGCAAGAGAAGGACCAGUCAGUUUCCAACAAUCAGCAACUCAAGGAGAAGCUGUCUAACACCAAGAGCACCCUAGAAUCCACACUCAACGAGGCUAGCAGGCUGAGAAACGAUAUUGCCGCUAAGGAUGAGCAGGUCAGCAGGAUGAACACUGAGCUUCAAGAGCUCAGAGUAACCUCGCUAAGACAGGCCAAGGAGCUGGUGGAUGUGUCGUCCACACUGCAGAUCGAGAAGACCAAGGGAGAGAUUGCCAUCACACAGAACGAGCGACAGAUCGACAGUCUGAAAGCUGACGGCGACAGACUCCAACAGCAGCUAAAGCAAUCAGAGCGCGACCUGUCUAAUGCCCGCGAGACCACUGGCCGACUCGAGUUGGAGAUCAAGCAGCUGAACAAUCUAAAGGAGAGAUUCGAGAGCGAGUUCUUUGUGGCAAAGGAGAAGAGCACGACCACUGCACAGGAGUCACUCUAUCUCAAGGAGGUCACCUCGCAGAUGCAGCAGAGUCAGGACCGCCUGGAGAAAGAGUCGCUCGAGAGGAAGCAAAUGGUGGAGCGCUUGGAGGACGAGAAGGACCUGCUCAAGAAGCAGGUGGAGAAGUUGACCAUCCAGGGCGAUCAGACUGCCCUGCAGCUACAGACCACUCAGAUGCAGAUGGAAGCUGCCACCAAGAAGAGACAUGAGAACAAGGAGAAGGUAACCAAGCUGAGCGCACAGCUCGAGCAACUCAACACAGACCUUGCCCAACUCAAGAACAACAAUGCCACGCUUCAGUCCAGUCUGGCCGAGGCAGACAUGGAGCGAAAGAAGCUCAAGGACAAGAGCUCAAAGACCAAGCAACAGUACCAGGAGCUCAGGGAGACGAGUGUCAAGCAAGAGACCGAGCUGACAAUGACCAAGAGCAAGAUGGAGUGGGUCGAGAACUCGUAUGGCGAGCUCAAACAGAGGAACCAAGAUUUGUCCGAGCUGUACCAGAUGGCCAAGUCACAACAUGGUGGUCAGGCGACCGAAUGGGAGAGGAUCAAGGAGGCCAAGGACGAGGAGCUGCAACAACUGCGCAGUCAGGUACAGGUGCUCAAGGAUGGCCAGGCAUCGCAGGAGAAUGUGCAGAAGGAGAGGAGUGGGGAGUUGGAGAGCAAGCUGCUGAGCAUGCAAGAGGAGAUCCUUCGCAUGUCCACCGCCAACAAGCAGCUUGAGGAGCAAUCGUCAAGUCUUACGAGCCAGCUGCAGGAGCAGCGUGUCGAGAACCAGGGCCUCAAGCAACAGGCAUUCGAGUACAAGAAGAACAAUAGGAAGUCGAUUGAGGUGCAACAGUUCCUCGAGGAUACAAAGAGCAACCAACUCAAUGAGAUACAGACGUUGAAGAACACAAUCGAAGAGUUGCGACUGCAACAGGCCGCAUCAUCCGAGUGGCAGAUGGAGCGUGAGCGCAUGGCCAAACAGAUCGAGCAGUUGAUGCGAGAGCGUCAACAGACCGACAUGUCCAGACAACAGAUGGCCACUCGCUUCAGCGAAGCAUCUUUCAGACUGGGCUCACUGGGCCGUCUCGAGGAGAUAAUGGACCGCAAGGAGAACGACUGGGAGAAGCUCGCGCGAAGCGUGGGCAAUCAGGAGAAGCAGACCAGACUUCUGAGCGAUUACCUGCUGUCCUGCAAGCUGGAGCACUCGACGCUCGCCGGACAGAUGUGGUUCCACCAGAUCACCUAUUGGCAGGCAUUCGAGAUUGAGAGCUCCAAGAUCUUCAAGGGCAUCAUCAUGUCGAUCGCCAGCUUCUCACACACGCACUUUGAAGACAUUGAUCUGACCAGUUACCUGCUGGCCAGCAGCUCGUUGCUGCUCUAUGUCUUCCAGAGCAAGCUCCCCAAGGGCAGUGUGGCCAUCACCGCGAGCAUCCCAACGAUGGCCGAGUUGGAGGACAUUGAGACAUCACUGGACACAAUGCCAUCAAUGGCUGGCAAUCAGUUCAUCAUCCAUUUGCAACAGUCCAUUGGUAGAUCAUAUGGCUUGUUGUUCAGCAUCGUAACAACUCGUCUGCAAUCAAUCAUAGACUCUGUUAUCUUGAACGAGAACUAUAACAAGAAGACAGCGGCCAAUGGUGCGAGCAGCAAUUUGAACAGCAUCGAGAUGCUCACCAACUACCUGCAAUCAGUCAUUGGCGUGUUCCAGCCACGAAUGAUCCACUUUGAGCUGUCACAACAGUUCUUCAACCAAGUUUUCUCAUGGAUGUCCGCUGUGAUACUGAACGCCUUCUUCCUGCGCUCGGUGUUCUGCACGGAGCCAUUUGCCAAUCACACCAAGGCACGCAUCGACACGCUGCUGAGGUGGGCCAAUGAGACUGGCGACGUAUGGGUUGGCAACGUGGACAAGUCAUUCGACAUGAUCAAGGAGGUGAUUGCCGUGCUCACGAUCAAGGACAAGGAGAAGCUGGCCGAGGAGAAGGUGCGCAAGCAGACCUGUCCCAGUCUGAACCCCUACCAGCUGAGACAGGUGCUGGCGCACUACAAUCCCGGCGAGAAUGGCUUUGGCAAGAAGGUCACGGCCAAGACUAUCACAUUGAUCUGUCCACCAAGUCGUCCAUCUGCUCCAUACGUAGUGGAUGAGAAGAAGCUCAACUACAUACCAAUCAAAUCGUUGCAUUACUAUGAGGAUCAAGACAUCAAACAUAUCUCAUUGCCAGGUUCAAUCAAAUUCUCCAUUGAGAAUGAGAUCAAGACAAUCAUUGCACAAUGCAAUCAAGAACAACAACAGAGGCAACAACUUCAAUUACAACAGCAGCAGCAACAACAGCAACAACAAUAA